UGGCUGCGCCUUUUGAAUGCAUGCAGUCCAUGGAAGUGCCCAAGCAGAUUUAUUAUUAGAAAAGAAACCCAUUUGGAAUCAAGACAAGUGCCUCAUCUCUGUACCUCCCCUGAGAAGUCUGGCUUUUUCAGGCGACUUCUGAAAUAUGGCUGACCACAACAUUUCUUCCUGCAGUCCUAUACUGACACCCCAUCUAACCAGCCUCUACUCUAUAGUGCUCAUUGGAGGACUGGUGGGAGUCAUCUCUAUUUUGUUCCUGCUGGUGAAAAUGAACACGCGGUCUGUGACUACCACAGCAGUCGUUAACCUGGUGGUGGUCCACAGUGUUUUUCUGGUGACAGUGCCUUUUCGCUUGACAUAUCUCAUCAAGCACAUCUGGACAUUUGGGUUGCCCUUCUGCAAAUUUGUGAGUGCCAUGCUACACAUCCACAUGUACCUCACAUUCCUGUUCUACGUGGUGAUCCUGGUCAUCAGGUACCUCAUCUUCUUCAAGCACAAGGACAAAGUGGAAUUCUACAGAAAACUGCAUGCUGUGGCUGCUAGUACCGGCAUGUGGCUGCUGGUGAUUGUCAUUGUGGUACCCCUGGUUGUUUCUCAGUAUGGAAAUAAUGAGAUGUAUGAUGAGAGACACUGUUUUAAAUUCCACAAAGAACUUGCUCGUGGCCAUGUGCAAGUUAUCAACUAUAUGAUAGUCACUAUUGUCAUAGCCAUUGCAGUGAUUCUCUUGGUCUUCCAGAUCUUCAUCAUCAUGUCAAUGGUGCGAAAGCUGCGUCACUCCUUACUGUCCCACCAGGAGUUCUGGGCCCAGCUGAAAAACCUUUUUUUUAUAGGAGUCAUCCUUGUUUGCUUCCUUCCCUACCAGUUCUUUAGGAUCUAUUACUUGUAUGUGGUGGCACAGUCAAGUGACUGUAAUGACACUGUUGCAUUUUAUAAUGAAAUCUUCUUGAGUGUAACAGCAAUUAGCUGCUUUGAUUUGCUGCUCUUUGUUCUUGGGGGAAGCCACUGUAGGCAAAAGAUAAUUGACCUAUGGAAUUGCCUUUUGUGCCGCUAGCCACCAACUACAGUAUUCAGAAUUCCUUUAUAUUGAGAGUAAAAAUGGGCACAGAGAGGCAGGAAGGGUUAUUUCAUUACCUGAUUAAACCAUGCCUUGAUGCAGCCAAACAAAAAGACUAUAAAAUGUCAGAGCAUUCAUUCCAGUUCUUAUUUAAUCCCUGCCGUCUCUAAAUGAUGUCUAUAGAAAUACUAGUGAUGUUCAGUUCACUUGGAGCUGCAAAACAGCAUUAUUUUCCAGUAUAAAAUGUCUACUUAGCCCAUGGAGGCACCAUGGAUUUAAUGGUUUCUGAGUUUCACCAGCUUAUUUUGGUUUCAUCAGUUUGAAACAAGGUCUUUUUCAGGCUUUGGACAGGAUUCAGCCCUCUAGUUCUUUUCAUUCCAGUUAACCUUAGGUAAAUUAAUCCUGGCAUGAAUCAGCUCCAAAGACACAAACUCUACUUGGCUAAUCAGGUAAGAUGCCCAUUCAACUCCCACCCUGACAAAUAACACAUAAGGGGGGAAGCGGGGGAGAACAGUAAGACACCUCUCUAGAUUCCAUAACUUUGGUGGGAAGUCACUUAUCUAGCAAUCAAGAGAAACACAACUCCUUGAGGUCAUCAGCUGUAACAAGGCUAUUUAGUUUGUCCUUUGAAAAGUCAAGUUUAAGAACAUGGGAUCAAUUUUCUCAAUAAAUCCAAAAAUCAUUUAAAAGCUUACUAAACAUAUAUAAAUGAAGAUGAAACUAUAAGUUAAAUAAUAUUCCUCACCAAUAUGCUGGUAAACUUUAAAUGAGUUCCCAAGAAAGUGAUUAAAUUUUUCCCUUUCUGUUUUUUGAAAAAAACUCUAGGUGUCUUGGGCCACAGUUAAUUUAGAUUUUUCUUGGAAACAGAUGUUAAACUUUUUAGAGUGUCUUUCUACCCUUAAAGUUACAAGUCUUUAAACAAAAACAAUAUUCUUAAAAA